AGGCAUAUUAAAAAUCUUCAGAAAUGGCCAUGCAUUUCAAAGGAUUUAUAAUGAACUUCUAGAUCGCACUUGCUUCGAAUCAGCAGUUUAAGAAAUCUUCUCAUUUGUUUUACUGAAAUCAAAUAGUCCACUUCAGCUUGAGAGAAGUAUUCGAAGAUCUGAUUCAUCCAGGUGGCCGAAGGUGGUAGGGGGAGGUGUGGCCGGUCACUUUCUUCCCGAGUCGAAAGAGGAUGAACACAGACAUCGAGAAGCAGCAAGGUAAAAACGGCAACAAAAAUAAUCCCGAUAAAGACAAGAAAAAAGAUGGACAGUUUGCCAAGGACGACGCUGACAUGAAAAAGGAAGCAGACGUUGAAGAACCUGCGGAAGAUUCUCCACUUAAAGGAAAAGACGGCAACAUGGAUAACAAAGAGAACGAUACCAGCGCUCCUGCCGGCGAAAAGUCUGGGGCGAAAGAGGGCGCGAAAGGACUUCGAGAAUGGUUAUCAAAGUCCAGGGUCAAGUGGUGGAUUGCAGUUCUAGUGGCCAUCGUACUUCUGACGGUCGUCCUUGUGGGUACUUUAUUAGCUGUGGAAGAUGACGAUUAUGAUAUCGUUGAUAACAGCGUACGACUGGUGAAGCUGUGGCCACGCCCGAACAAACCCAAGAACGUCAUCAACUUUGUGCAUGGAUCUUUACCAGAUGAAGGACGCAUAUGGCCCGACCUGACGAAGCAACUGGAGCAACUUCUAGCACGGUACAGAAAUCCACUCAACAGAACCGGAAAAGUGGUGGAGUGCUACGGAAGCAGUCCAAUUAUGCAAGAGGAUAAAGUCUGCAAAUUUAACGUGGCACCUAUUAUGGUGGAAUGCAGCAAGGAUGAGAAUUUUGGCUACGACAAGGGUAAACCAUGCGUUUUUCUCGAAUUCAACAACAUCACUGAUUGGAUACCAGAACCUUACACGGCUAGGGAGUUGGAAAAUUACGUCGACGUCUCCAAAUUGAAUGCAGCCACUUCAAACUUGGUAUACUUAGAUUGCCAAGGUGAUUCUCUUGUAGACCAGGAGAACAUGGGUCGCAUACAGUACACUCCAGAUCGAGGAUUUCCAAUACAGUUUUUCCCAUACCGCAGGCAACCGGAAUACAUGCCUCCUUUGGUGGGAAUACGGUUCACCAAUCCAGCCGUAGGAGUAGCUGUUUCCGUCACAUGCAAACUGUGGGCGAAGAACAUUAAUCACACCGAUGAAGCUGUACCUAGCGGACAAAUAUCUUUCAAUUUGCUCGUAGACUGAAGAUCCUUCAAAGAGAAAGAACACUGAAACUAACAAAGCAUUAAAAAUGUAAAACCCCAAUUCUUUCCAUUUUUUGCCCCUCUGCUGAAUGUUAAAAAAGUAUAAACAAACAAAUCCAAAGAACUACAGAAACUAAUCAAACGUGGUGAAAGAACUCUGGUGCCAAACACUGAAAGUUCUGCUCAGUUGGUUGAAGCAGGCCUGUUUUAUUUUUUCCAUGUCCGGUAUUUUCGAUGUUUACUUGAUGUUGAUGGCUAAUGUGUUGCGAAAUCUGACUUUCCGAUUGAAAAUACAUACUCUGGAUCUAUUGCUUGCUGAAACUAUAUGCUCCUGAAAGUAAUAUACUUGCGUGAGAUAUAAAUUACGCUUGCUUGGAAACACCUUCGAUUUACUCGUGACUUUAAUAGUAACUCACAAGUUAACGUCGUCAAUAUGACUCCACUCAGAACAGAGUCACGGCAAUUUUCCAACAAUUCAGAUGUGCAGUAGAAACUCUCAGAAAGCAAAGACUUUCACUGUCUCCUUUCCAGGCUCUUUCGUGUCCAAGAGCCAAGAGCUAAACACCUAUACAUUGAAUAAGAGAUAAAUUCAUUUCAGCGUACACGAAAUCUGGUGAAUUACGAAAAAUAUAUAAAGAAGAAGCACAUGAAGAAUCUGGUGACCAACAGUGUUUACGUCAAUUACUUCCUUUUUUCCCUCAUUUUCAGCUAAUGACAUGAUGUCAAGUUUUAAUGCCAUAAUUUUGCUCAGACAGAAGAUAUGUGUGUUCUUGUAAAUAACCCAAUAUAAAUUUUUGUUUAGGUUUUAUUUUCUUUAUGGUAGUUUAUUUAGGUAUGAAAUAUAUAUUGAUAAUCUAAAUCUGGUUUCUAUAUUUUAAUUUAAAAAGUUAAAAGUAUUGUCACAAGUUAGAAAAACUUUCUCUUUCGUUGAUGUACAGGAUGGCUACAACGGAAUAAGUUUGGAAAUUCUAAAUGGUAAUAUAUGUCAGAAAAGACUAGUCGUUAAAUUUCACAUUCACUUUUUCAAUAAAUGCUAUGUUAGUAUGACUUUUUUGUAUUCUUUUUUGUAAGAAUAUUUAAAGAAUUUAUUCUACGGACAGUUCACAUAUAAUUUAAAAUUUCAUUACAUACAUAAUGCUAGAAGCAAAACUAUAGAAUCCUCAGUGUUGUAUAUUCAGAAACCCACCCAAAUUAUAGCUUUUAUCAAAACAAUUUUAUGGAAGUAUAGUAUUCAUAUAAGCAUGUCUGCAAUAUGGGAUCAAAAAAUAAGCAUAAAAAAGCAAUUUUAAAAAUUAUUUUAAAUAGAAGCUGCCCAACUACAGUAACCCAGAAGACCACAUUUUGCAGGACAUUGAUGUUAUUGCAAAUGAUAUGAAAGAACGUUGCUAACAUUUAAUGCAAAUGUGAUCAUUGAUAUUAAUUAUUAUCUUUCGUAACGUUUUCGAAAUUGCUGUGAUUUUUUUAAAUUGUAUGCACACCAUUAACCUCACAAUGCUAGUUCCUUUCUUUUGUCAUUUAUAGUUAUUUUCUCUUUCCUUUUUGUUAACUGUCAAGCUUAUUUGUAAUUUUUCAUUACUUUUUGUUAAUUAUCAAGCUCAUUUAUUUUUCUUAACUAUUAAGC